CACCACCUAACCUCCAAUCUUCACCUCGUUAAACGCGACUUAUGGACAACCAAAUUCAAGGAUCAUGCUCUGUUCUUCAACUAAUGUUACAACCCCCCUCUCCAAAAGGACCAAAAUCCAAACCCUUUCUUCUAUCCCCCUCCACCUCUGUACGAUGAGCCUAAUCUCUCAUGCCUUUGCAGGCAACCCUAUAAGGUCAAGAACCCCAAAACAAACUGACCCCUUUUCUCCACAAUCUGCAUUUCAGACUCUCAAGACCCUCCUUUUGGGCCACGGUCAAGUACCCAUUUCCCCUUAUUUCAAGGUCUUGCCUUUCAGAAAGGGAAAGCCUUUGGCCGGGACGACGGCCGAUUCUCCUGCCGAUGGGCCUAAUUGGCAUCUGGGGUGGUUGAGUUUGAGGGAGUGUAAGGAUUUCUUGGAGAAUUCAGAAGUGAGUCUCAGUGAGGAUUCGUUGGUUUAUUUGGGUUGUAAGUACGAGGAUGAUGCUGUCUAUUGGGCUAUUGACGUGUCUGAUGCUAGCGAGUUGGUGAGUGAAUUGGGGGCUAGACAGUUUUGCUUUGUGGAGUUAAGGACUCUUAUGGUAGCCACUGAUUGGGCUGAUGCAAAAGCAAUGGGUGAGCUUGCGGUUGCUGGCCAUGCCAGAGCCCUGAUAGAAUGGCAUAAGGUAGCUCGUUUUUGUGGGUUCUGUGGAGGUAAGACUAUCCCUAUGGAAGCUGGGAGACGAAAGCAAUGCUCAAAUGAGUCGUGCAAAAAGAGGAUUUAUCCUCGAGUUGAUCCAGUUGUGAUUAUGUUGGUCAUAGAUAAAGAAAAUGACCAUGUUCUAUUAAGUCGACAGUCGAGAUUUGUGCCUCGCAUGUGGAGUUGCCUUGCUGGCUUUAUAGAGCCAGGAGAAAGCUUAGAAGAGGCAGUGAGGAGAGAAACGUGGGAGGAAACUGGCAUUGAAGUUGGUGAAGUAAAAUACCACAGUUCUCAGCCAUGGCCCGUUGGGCCCAGCAGCAUGCCAUGCCAGUUAAUGGUUGGGUUCUAUGCUUAUGCCAAGUCUUUGGAGAUAGACGUGGACAAGGAGGAGUUAGAAGAUGCUAAAUGGCACACUCGAGAUGAUGUAAAGAAGGCUCUUACAUUUGCUGAAUACAAGAAGGCGCAAAAGACGACAGCAACUAAAGUAGACCAAAUGUGCAAGGGGGUUGAGAAAGGGCAAAACUUGUCUGCAGAUUACACUGUCGAAAGUGGGGAACUUGCAACUAUGUUUAUCCCGGGACCAUUUGCAAUUGCUCAUCAUCUCAUCUCAUCGUGGGCCAAUCAAGUUGAUGAUAAUGGUAAUGGAGCACAGAUGAAACAAGCUGGCAAUUCGUUCUCAAGCUUGUAGUUUCAGAGCGAAACGAUUGUCUAUUACGAAUGUUCCAAAAAUGUACUAUUUUAUGCAGGUGUCGACUUGUAAAUCCUAUCAUUCCUUUUCGCAAUGUUGUUUGCGUAGAGAAUGUGUAUCUUUUACUUUCUAACUUUAAAAUCUCAUCAUUUACGAAAUACAUCAGUAUUAAAUUCA